AUGGCGGGCCCGUCUCCCGUGCAGAUCCGCGAGGCCAACGCGCACCUGGCGGCCGUGCACCGGCGGGCGGCCGAGCUGGAGGCCCGGCUCGGGGCGGCCGAGCGCACGGUGCGGGAGCAGGCCCACAGCCUCAUCCGCAAGGACGAGCAGCUGCGGGCCGCCCUGCGGGACCUCGCCCAGGCCAAGGACAGCCCUCCCUCGAGCGACCGACGGGGAAGGAAGAGGACUGCUGCCAUGGAGGCUGGCAAAGACCCCACAGAGAAGCUUCGGGCACAGUGUCUGGCUCGUGGAGCAUCUGGGAUCAAAGGCCUGGCUAGGUUUUUCCGCCGCCUGGACACGGAUAAGAGCCAGGCCCUGGACGCGGCGGAGCUGCAGCGGGGCUUGACAGAGCUAGGCUUCCACUUGGAAGCCGCUGAGGUGGAGCAGCUCUGUAAGCAGUAUGACCGUGACGGCAGCGGCACCGUGGACCUAGAGGAGUUCCUGCGAGCAGUGCGGCCUCCCAUGUCCAGGGCCAGAGAGGAGGUCAUCCACGCCGCCUUUGCCAAGCUGGACCGCAGCGGGGACGGCGUGGUGACUGUGGAUGACUUGCGGGGCGUGUACAGUGGCCGGAGCCACCCGAAGGUCCGGAGCGGGGAGUGGACAGAGGAUCAAGUGCUGCGCCACUUCCUGGAUAACUUCGACUCUCCUGAAAAGGAUGGCCAGGUCACGGCUGAGGAGUUCCUGGAUUAUUACAGUGGGGUGAGCGCCUCCGUGAACACAGACGAGGAGUUUGUGGCAAUGAUGCAGAGUGCCUGGCGGCUGUAGCGCUCUCCUCCACCUUGGACCGGGAGACCGACCGUCGGUGCUUCCUGCCUGCUUUUCCUCUCCCCAGUUUCGCUCAUUGUGCCCUCUGUCCCCUUAGGACGCUGCAGGCUAGGGCUGACCCCAGCCACCUUUCAGCUUUGGCUCUGGGGUUAAGGAGAGUCAGGACUCUUCCUCUCCCCCCGGUCUUUUCCUAGCCCUCCCUUCAACACCUCCUUGGCUUGGGGAAAGGAACUACGUUGCCUCCCCAGGCUGGGCCACUACACAUAGGACCAGGGAAACCGAGCCAGUGCCAACAAAGCAGGUCCCCAAAGUGAGUUCCAGUCCCCGCCGCCAUAUCCGGCCCUGUUCUUCCACUUGCUUAGAUUGAAAUCUGCACUGCCUGACAAAAUACUGUUUUCUCGUGUUCGUCAAUACAGAAAUGGGAGGGGAGAGGUGGGUCCUUGGCGUCUGGGCAUUCUCUCCUUGGCUGGCUGACAUAGCUCGCACAGCCAGAGUCAACGUGAAAACUGGUCUCCCUCCCUGGACCUUCAGCACACUUAUACUUUGUGAGCCCCACGGGGGACGGGGACUGUGUCCGACUUGAUUAACUUGUAUCUACUCCAGCACUCAGAA